CACAGCGCCGCAGUCCUCCUUUCCGUUCGUCAGUCGCUCUCGCCACAGCAAUCCGGAGCGGAUCGGCGUCUGAACGCAAAAGACUCGCGGUGGGCCGAACCAGCAGGACAAGGCCAGUAAUCCACGGCGUCCACAGCUCGCGUUGGCCCGCUGGAGAGCAGCGACUCGUCGGGAUUGCACGAGCAGUCGAAGUCCCCAACUCUUCGAAGACGCAACAUCGGCCCACGGGGCGGCCUUCUGAGGUGUCCGUGGCACAUCACGCCCGUACCAACCCGAGGACUUUUCAGGGCGGCCAGCCGAAAGCACGGGGAGCAGGAUUGGGAAGCAGAGUGGAGCGGGUGCUGCUGGGGUGGCGGAGAAGAUGGCAAGCAGCCCCGAGAAAAGCGCCUCCGCCCAGGAGCUCAAGGAGCAGGGAAACCGACUCUUUCUGAACCGCAAGUACCAGGAAGCUGCCGCCUGCUAUGGCAAAGCCAUUAACAGGAACCCCUCGGUGGCCGUGUACUACACCAACCGGGCGCUGUGCCACGUGAAGCUGCAGCAGUACGACAAGGCGCUGGCCGACUGCAAGCAUGCCCUCGAGCUGGACAGCCAGUCGGUGAAGGCACACUUCUUCUUGGGCCAGUGCCACCUGGAGAUGGAGAACUACGACGAGGCAAUCGGGAACCUUCAGAGAGCGUACACCCUGGCCAAGGAGCAGCGGCUCAACUUCGGUGACGACAUCCCCAGUGCCCUUCGGAUCGCCAAGAAGAAGCGCUGGAACAGCAUUGAGGAGAAGCGCAUCAACCAGGAGAACAAGCUGCACGCCUACCUCACCAAACUCAUCCUCGCCGAGAAGGAGAGGGAGCGACAUCAUUACAUGGAGAAACUGGAGGAGAACUCGGACGACAGCCGCAUCCGAAACGAGUUGGCAAAGAUGGACGCCAAGCACGAUAAAUUUCUCUCUGACAUGGAUGAGCUCUUCUCUCAAGUAGACGAGAAACGGAAGAAAAGGGACAUCCCAGACUACCUGUGUGGCAAAAUCAGCUUCGAGUUGAUGAGGGAGCCGUGCAUCACACCGAGUGGCAUCACCUACGACCGCAAGGACAUAGAGGAGCACCUGCAGCGCGUCGGGCACUUUGACCCCGUGACCCGCAGCCCGCUGACCCAGGAUCAGCUGAUCCCCAACCUGGCCAUGAAGGAGGUCAUCGACGCCUUUAUAGCGGAGAACGGCUGGGUGGAGGACUACUGAGAGCAGGUGGUCCUCUGGAUUUGCACUUUAACGGAUGGCGGUGGGCGCGCAGUAGUGGGUGGGUGCCCGUCCUGGCCCGACUCAUUUGCUCUUGGCGGCUGCCAGCCUGCGUUUUUAAGAAAAGGACAUGCGAUCCCAGAAUGCACUUGGCAGACGGCGCCCCACUGCCCUCGCCCACUGCCACCUUUCCUUGGACUCUUCAGAUGAGACUUGUGGGAACUUUUGCUUGCCGCCUCUUUGUGAUGCCAGCUGUGGACCUUCAGACUGAAUGUGCUGGCGUCCUGGAGUUUGGUGGGCGGCCCAGAGGAUGUGACGGUGUCGCCGGUGGGGUGCUCUGCUUGUUCAGGUUGGCACCCUGCGUUGUUUUGCUGGGCCUGCCCACUUGCCCCACUUCUUCAAGCUGAUGCCAGUUGCUGCUUAUCGUUGUGGCUCUCACCUUUUGGCUCCUGUGGUUGAGUUCAGACUGGCACCGAGGCCUUGCCCCCUGAGUGCCCCCAUUUGCCUUAAUGUGCAGACGAGCUGGUCCCGGGUUCAAGUGUGCUCUUC